AUGCUGCUGCCGGCGCUGCUGGUGCCCCUGCUCUGGGCUGGGUCUCUGCAGGAGGAACCCAGUUACUGGCUGCAGGCACAGAGGUUGGUGACAGUGCAGGAGAACCUGUGUGUCCUGGUGUCCUGUUCCUUCUCCUACCCGCGGGGCAGAUGGCAAAACUCUACCCCCACUUACGGCUGCUGGUACCGGCAGAACAGGAAUCUGUUUGACUACACGCCAGAUGAACUUGUGGCCACCAACGACCCAGGCAGGAAGGCCAAAAUGAGAAGUCAACCUCGCUUCCAGCUCCUUGGGGACCCCAUGGCCUACAACUGCUCCCUGCAAAUCUCAGGUGCCCAGCAGGAGGACAGCGGAAGUUACUAUUUUCGGGUGGAGAGAGGAGAAAUCAAAUACAAUUACCGGAAAUGGAUGGUCACUGUGAUUGUCACAGAGCUGACACAGACUCCAGACAUCCGCAUCCUGGAGCCGCUGGUGUCCGGUCACCUCAGCCACCUGCUGUGCUCCAUGCCCGGGGUCUGCAGUGGGGGCAUGAACCUCACAUUCUUCUGGAACGGAGCUGCCCUGAGGCCCCCAGGGUCAGGCUCGGGGGCUCACAACUCCUCUGAGAUCAUGCUGACACCCCGCCCUCAGGACCAUGGCAGUCUCCUCACUUGUAGGGUGACCCUCCCUGAGGCUGGGGUGACCAAGGAGAGGACUGUCCAGCUCAGCGUGUUCUAUCCUCCCGAGGACCUGAAAGUGAUGGUUACCCAAGCAAACAGCACAGCCCUAGACACUCAGGGCAACGGCUCCUACCUGGAAGUCCACAAGGACCAGCUCGUGCAGCUCCUCUGUGCUGCUGACAGCUGGCCCCCUGCCACGCUGACCUGGGAGCUGGGGGGCAGAGUCGUUUCUCAGUCCCCUCCCUCAGGACCCAGACCCCUAAGGCUGGAGCUGCCCAGGGUGAAGCCUGAGGACGCGGGGCGCUAUACCUGCCGAGCGGAGAGCAGCCUGGGCUCCAAGCACCACACCCUGGACCUCUCAGUGCAGUAUCCUCCUGAAGAGCUGAGAGUGACGGUUACCCAAGCAAACAGCACAGUCCUGGAAAUCCUGGGGAACGGUACCUCCCUGCCCGUCCUGGAGGGCCAGAGCCUGCGCCUGGUGUGCAUCACCCACAGCAAGCCCCCAGCCACAUUGAACUGGAUCUUGGGGACACAGGCUCUGAAUCCCUCCUGGCUGACCGCCCCUGGGGUCCUGGAGCUGCCCCGGGUGCAGCUGGAGCAUGAAGGGGAAGUCACCUGCCAUGCGGAGAACCCGCUGGGCUCCCGCAGUGUCUCUCUGCGCCUCUCUGUGCACUAUUCCCCCCAGCUGCUGGGCCCCACGUGCUCCUGGGAGGCCGCGGGUCUGCACUGCAGCUGCUCGUCCAGGGCCCGGCCAGCCCCGUCCCUGUGCUGGUGGCUCGGGCAGGGACUGCUGGAGGGCAACGGCAGCAACGUCUCCUUCACGGUCACCUCCAGCGCCUCCGGGCCCUGGGUCAACAGCUCCCUGAGCCUCCCAGCGGGGCUGAGUUCCAGCCUCAGGCUCAGCUGUGAGGUACAGAAUGUGCAUGGGGUGCACAGCACUGCUGUCCUGAGGCUUCGAGGUGGCAACAGCAGCCCCACCCUGAGCGCCAAGGUGGAGGUGGUGAAAGGGGCUGCCCUCUGCUUCCUCAGCACGAAGACCCACAGCAAAGUGGACGCCAGGAGGGUGGCCUCCCAGAAGGACACACCACGUGCCUUGUGUCCUGUGUGUAGGGAUGCUGGUCCUGGCCGCCACACUCGGGAUGCCCGGGUGGGCUUUGGCUCUUGUGCCCCUGCUGCUCAGCCCCCGCGCAGCAGCCAGAGCCACCUGAGCGCCUUCUCCAGCCUCAUCUAG